AUGUUUUUGCUUUUCGUGCCGGCUCAUGCUUCCGGCUUUAGCGUUCCGGGAGGAGCUGGAGGGUGCGCACUUGAUAUCGAUACAUGCGGUGCAACGUACCAACACCCCGCAGACUCCCUCCUUUCCUCAACUCUAUCUGAGCUGCCAAGGUAUAUGGCGUUAACAUUAACAACAUAUACCUCACUUCACGAGGUCUAUCUAUUUGCCACGGCAUCCAUCCCAGUCGAUUGCUACUGCGUGCUUGUACACAUCUUCCGGCGAUCGUCAACCCACUUUCGGACGAGCAACAACACAGGCCUUUAUCCGCCAUGUGUAAAGGGAAGCACCGACGUUGAGUACGACCUCGGGACGCUUCCCGGAGGGCUGCAAUUAGCCGCCAACGGACCAUCUCUGAUGCAGUCUGUUCCGCGUCUCCGCACAUACUCGUAG